CGCCCUGGAAGCCCGGCCGGCGAGGAAAGCCACUGUUGCUGCUGCUCCUAGUGCUCUUAGCGCUGCUGCUGCUGCUGUGGCAGCCAUAGCAGAGACAAGGAACUAGGCGCUGCUCCUGAGAGGGAGCAUUAGGAGAAGGAUUAGCAGGAGAAGAGGAGGAGGAGGAGGACCCAGGAGGCGCCUUCACGAUGGAGCAGCUAUCUGAUGAAGAACUUGAUCAUGGUGCAGAAGAAGACAGUGAUAAAGAAGAUCAGGAUUUGGACAAGAUGUUUGGGGCCUGGCUGGGAGAGUUAGACAAACUCACACAGAGUCUGGAUACAGACAAACCCAUGGAACCUGUAAAAAGAUCCCCUCUUCGCCAAGAAACUAACAUUGCCAACUUCUCCUAUCGCUUUUCUAUGUACAAUAUCAAUGAAGCCUUGAAUCAAGGAGAAUCAGUGGAUCUUGAUGCCCUCAUGGCCGAUCUUUGUUCCAUAGAGCAGGAGCUCAGUAGCAUUGGAUCACAGUCAGCAAACAGUAUGUCAAUGAAGCGCUUUGCCACAGAUGGAAAAACAGCUCAGAAACCACCUGGUGGUGGUCGAGUGGCUGCCAAACACAGCAGUAUGAAAGGAUUAUCAUCAUCAAGUAGGGUAACAAAGCCUUCACAUGCCAUCUUUUCUCUGGAUGAUAUUACUGCACAAUUAGAGAAGGCAUCUCUUAGCAUGGAUGAAGCUGCUCAGCAACCUGUAAUGGAAGACAGUAAGCCUGUUGUUGCUACACAGCAUAGAAGAACAGCAUCGGCAGGUACUGUGAGUGAUGCUGAAGUCCGUUCUAUCAGUAAUUCCUCCCGCUCUAGCAUCACGUCUGCAGCCUCUAGUAUGGACUCCCUAGACAUCGAUAAGGUGACAAGACCCCAGGAACUGGAUUUGACUCAACAAGGGCAGCCUGUUAGUGAGCAUAUUGUUUCUAUGGAACAUUCCAGCAAGCAAGCCAGACGUCACAUUGACUUUUCUGAAGAAGAGGCCGAAUUGGCUCCUCACUCCUAUUUGGACAGGGAAACCUCCCUUCUUCUGAGAAACAUUGCAGGAAAGCCUUCUCAUUUGCUGACCAAGGAGGAACAGGCUGCAAAGUUAAAGGCUGAAAAGAUCAGGGUUGCUUUAGAGAAGAUUAAAGAAGCACAAGUUAAGAAGCUUGUAAUCCGAGUCCACAUGUCUGAUGACAGCUCCAAGACGAUGAUGGUAGACGAAAGGCAGACAGUAAGACAAGUGCUGGACAACUUGAUGGACAAGUCUCAUUGCGGGUUUAGCUUAGACUGGUCUCUGGUAGAAACCAUCUCAGAAUUACAAAUGGAGAGAAUCUUUGAAGACCAUGAAAAUUUAGUUGAAAACCUCCUCAACUGGACAAGAGACAGCCAAAACAAACUUAUGUUUGUUGAACGUAUAGAAAAAUAUGCACUUUUCAAAAAUCCCCAGAAUUAUCUUCUUGGGAAAAAAGAAACCUCUGAAAUGGCAGACAGAAACAAAGAGGUACUAUUGGAGGAGUGUUUUUGUGGAAGCUCAGUAACAGUGCCAGAAAUUGAAGGAGUGUUGUGGCUAAAAGAUGAUGGCAAAAAAUCUUGGAAGAAGCGUUACUUUCUUCUGAGAGCUUCUGGAAUCUAUUAUGUUCCAAAAGGAAAGGCUAAGGUCUCACGAGAUCUUGUAUGUUUUCUUCAGCUAGACCAUGUAAAUGUUUACUACGGGCAAGACUAUCGGAACAAAUAUAAAGCCCCGACAGACUAUUGUCUAGUACUAAAGCACCCCCAAAUUCAGAAGAAAUCCCAGUAUAUUAAAUAUUUGUGUUGUGAUGAUAUAAGAACCCUUCAUCAAUGGGUAAAUGGCAUCCGUAUUGCUAAGUAUGGAAAGCAACUGUAUGUAAACUAUCAAGAAGCUCUGAAGAGGACAGAAUCGGCAUAUGACUGGACAUCCCUGUCCAGCUCUAGUAUUAAGUCAGGAUCCAGCUCAUCUAGCUUGCCAGAAUCUCAAUCCAAUCACUCUAAUCAAUCAGACAGCGGACUUUCAGACACCCAAACAGGACAUGUCCGUUCCCAAAGUAUUGUUAGUUCAAUCUUUUCAGAGGCCUGGAAACGUGGUACUCAGUUGGAAGAGUCUGGUAGGAUAAGUGCUAGAAUGGACUCGAUGAACCGACCCUUUAUUUCACUUGCCCCACCUUUGUCCCCACAGGCUAAAACAGCUGCCCCAUAUACAACAUCCCAGCCAUCCCCACCCCUUCCACCCCCUCCACCUCCACCACCCCCUCCGCCUCCGCCUCCACCACCCCCUCCGCCCCCUCUCCCUAGCCAGUCUGUGUCAUCUGGAGGUGGGUCAGCAACCGUGUUUGUGAAGUACAGCACUAUUACAAGAUUACAAAAUGCUGCUCAACAUGGUGGUCUUCUCUACAAACCUCCCCUUAUGAUGCAGCAAGUGACACCACUCCCACCACCAGGAAAACCUCAGAACCUCAUACCUCCCAAUGGAGUGGUCCCUCCACCCCCACCCCCACCCCCACCCCCUACUCCAGGGUCAGCCAUGGCACAGCUCAUGAAGCCAUUGCCCUCCAACCCAUCAGUACCACAGUUCACACCACUACCCCCUCCAGCCCCACCUCUCAAAAUCCACCAGGUUCAUCAUAGUGUUCACCAGCCUGCUGCUUCACCGCCACUACCACCACCUCCACCCCCAAUGCCUGCACCCCCACCUCCACAGGCUCCUCCCAAGCCUGCCAUGUCUCUGCCUACCCAAAACAGCACAAAAGCUGCCUCUCCUAUAGUGACUCAUCCCACACCUCCAGCUCCUGCUCCUUCAGCAGUAAAGAAGCAGCCAAGUUUCACCACACCCCCGGCGCCAUUGUCUCCUGUUCCUCUAGGCCCUACUCCACCACCCACUUUGCCCAAGCAGCAGAACUACUCCAGUAAGCUUCCUCCUUCUCCACAAUCCCCCGUGCCAUCAGUUGUGAAGCAAAUAGCCAGUCAGUUUCCUCCUCCUCCCUUGCCAGUCUCAGAGCCCCAGCCUUUAAAGCCAGCCCCUCUGAGUGUGCCACCACCAUCUCCUCCAGCAGUGAAAGCCAAACCAAAAUGGCAGCCCACUUCUGCCCCUUCUCCUGACUUUCCUCCUCCUCCCCCUGAAAGUACCCUGGUGUUUCCACCUCCACCUUCUCCUUCUCCACUAGUAGUAUCUCCCACCCCAGAUAAGACAGCAGGUUCUCCUGUCAAAAAAGCUGGUAAGACAUCCAGUCCUGGUGGAAAGAAACCACCCCCUACUCCUCAGCGCAAUUCCAGCAUAAAGUCUAACAGCUCGGCAGAGUACCAUGAAUCUAAGAGACCUUCUGUGGACAGCCUGGUUAGCAAAUUUGCACAUCCACCAGAGCCUUCAGGGUCUCCUGCCAAGGAGUCUUCAACUCCUCCUGCAGCGCCUCCAAAGCCAGGAAAGCUCAGUCUGCCUAUAGCACUUCAGCAAGCAGGGAUUUCAGCAAAAGCACCUGCCGUAGGAGGACCUGGGAAAGGUGCUGUAGAAGAGUUUCCUUCGCCUCCAUCAGAUUCAGACUUUCCCCCACCUCCUCCUGAAAUAGAUCUUCCUUUACCACCCAUAGAGAUUCCAGCUGUAUUUUCAGGCAGUACCUCUCCAAAAGUUGCUGUUGUCAAUCCCCAGCCUCAGCCCUGGUCUAAAUCCUCUGCGAAAAAAGCUCCCCCACCAACCCGUCCCAAACGUAACGACAGCACCCGACUCACACAGGCAGAGAUGGCAGAAUCACAGGUGACUGCAGCCGCCCCACAAGUGCCCACCUCACCCAAGUCCGGCCUUAGUGUUCAGCCUGGCUUCCUGGCUGACCUGAACAGGACUCUGCAGCGCAAAUCCAUCACCCGCCACGGCUCCCUCUCUUCUGCCCGGAUAUCGAGAACAGAGCCGACGGCGACUAUGGAUGACAUGGCUUUGCCCCCACCCCCGCCUGAACUUCUCACAGAUAAGCAGAAGACCAGCAAUUUUGGAGGUAGUCAUAUAUCAGGCUAUGCAACUUUACGGAGGGGCCCACCUCCAGCACCUCCAAAGAGAGAUCAAAACACUAAACUGUCAAGAGACUGGUGAUAAGACAGUGUGAUACACGUUGGCUUCUGGCAGACGCUACAAUCAACAGGUCUGACAUACUUGCAUUGCGACUCCUAAUAUCCACAGUCACAUAUAAAAAGUGCUGUUCAUGGUAGCUAUGAUGACAACAUUUACUUCCAGAAUCAAUUCAAAAAGGGUUUACUGUCUGUAUUUGGUCUAUCCAGAUGAGGGGUAGGCUGAAAUGUUUUGGUUUUAAAAUCCUUCGUAUGGAUUGGACCAAACUCUUUAACACUUCUUUUUUCCUUCAGUUUAGGAAAACAACUGUUGUCUGUCAGCGUGAGACAUGUUGGUGCAUGUAUUAUAAAUGUAGGUAUAUAAUAUAUUGUGAAAUAUUUUGUUGCAGUUAUAGGGGAUAACCAGAAUGCUUUUGUACAUCUGUAUUUAUUGUUUCAGUCAACUGAUAGAUAUAUAUAUAUUACGAGAACUUGGAUUGUGUAUCUUAACUAGAAAAAACCUUUACCUUUGAAAAAUGAAGAUAUUAGGGGGCACUUUAAAUUGGCAAAGACCUUUAUUGGCAGUUGCUGACGGGUAUACAAUGCUGACAGAUUAUGCCAGUCUCUGUACAUUGUCAACUGAUUGAAAAAUACAUACACAAUCUACCAAAACAUUCUGGUUUGUAAUACUACUGAGAUUUAGGUCCGUAAAUAGAAAAAAAAAUGCUGUACAGUGGUGCUGCAGUGGAAUAUAUUUGGACAAUAGAAAAGGGUUAAGAAGAGAGCGAAUGGAAUUAAAAUACCUAACAAUUGACUUGUUCUUUAUUAAUCCUGUGCACACUUGGGCCCUAUUGAACACAGGUCUUUCCUCUGCAUAAAAGCAUAGGAAUUGGCUGUACAACUGCAAUCUAGUCAUGCUUAUAGGGAGUAACUUUUAAUGCACUCAGUGGGGUCUACUUUGGCAGGAUCAUAUAAAAGAAAUACCCAUUAUUCUUGGCUGUUUUUUAUUUUUAAUUCUUUUUAUGUACUUGUGGGUGUCUUUUGCAUUUAAAUGGAAAUGGUGUAUCUGCCAGCUCCAAUUGAAAGCAUUCUGGAUGUGCUGAUGGCAUAUCUGACAGCAGAUUCUGUUAAGUUAGGUUGACAGUUGGCAUUCCUCAGAUUGCCAGUGUGCCAGCUUACAUAUGGCCAUUGCACAUGCAUCUUUUCAAGUUAAGGUUUAAUCUAAGUGUACAUGCAACUACCACCCUGAUUUCUUCAGCUGCUUACAGAAAGGGGAGCAUUUAUUAAGCAUUCAACAGUUAAACAGCUGGAAGGUGGCAGAGGAAAGAAGGCAAAGCAGAGAGGGGAGAAAUUGCUUUAUUGACCCAGGAAACAUCUGGGGGGGAAGGCACUAGAAAUAAUGAUGCAUUUCUCAUACACCAGGUACUGGUAAAAAUUCAGUGUGAAAGCUAGACAGUAGGGGAUGCCUUAGCUUCUGCCAUUUCUGAUUGGUUGGGUUUCAGUGUAAAACAGUGCUUCAUACUAAGGGCCUGUGGUAUAAGAGGAAUGCUAACUUUGGAAGUGUAUUUUUACCAUGUAUUUUCCUUAGAUGAAGAAUUCCUAGAUCUAAAACACUAAGUACUGUAUACGCAGUGCAAUACAAUACACAGGUGGUAAAAUUCUGCAUAUUGACUACUGUGAGACAUUUAUCGUAAACUGCAUAUUGUUUAUGCUGUGAAGGUGUAUCUGUCUGUCAGGGAGGAAGGACAUUCUGUUUGUUCUGUACUUUAAACAUUGAUUAGUUGAAAGAGAAUUGUGUCCAAACUGGAGUGGUGAGUAUUGCAGUUAGCGCAGUUUAUCCGCACAUUUUGAAGUAUUAAGAUAGCAGGAGUUAUUUAUUGGGCUUAGUCAUUCCGACAAACUGUCCACCCUGACCCAUUUGUAUUUAUGAAGAAAAAGGUUUUCCAACAGGAAACAUUUUGCCCUAGCAAAAAAGAAAAUUCAGACAUACCUGCCUUGGUACAACUUGGACCGGAAGAGUUUUAAAAGCAGGAAAGGCUUGGUGCUGUGUCAUCUGAUGCUGAUCUCCUUCCCCAAAUGUGCCCUGGGCUUAAAUUAUCCUAUUGUGGAAUAGUUUACUUGAGCAAUAAGAAUAUACCAUUGUGUGCAUUUUUAAAGCACUGCUGUUGGAAGGCACUUUUUUUGUAUCUUUUGAAGUGUUCAGAGUUUUGUUUCUUCUAUUUUUGUGCUUAUAAAGUGUCCUUAACCAUUUGCAUUACUGCAUUUUAGCAUGUUUGACGUUAUCUUGCUAAUGCCUUACAACAAGAAUACGGUUGUUUUCCAUUGGUAAUGCAUUGGUGCUCUGACUUUGUUCCUACUGCUGCUUGGACCACAUGCUGGACCCAAGAAUGAAGAUAUCAUUGGGGCAAUGUGAAGAAGAGGCCAGAUAGCAGCCUUGCAAGCCAGGUGCACAGGCCAGGGAGGGAGAAGCGUGUAGGACAGCUCUGGAACAACUACACCAGUCUGUUAGCUUCCUUAUUUUGUAUGUUGUUGGUUAUUUUGAACAGGUGUUUUUGGGCAACUUUAGUUCCCCCAUGUUGGCAAAACUGACCAAUAUUUGCAUGGGAUAAAAUAUCACUUGCAAUGAUUUAACCGGUGUGGAACAUAAGUAUCUGUGGCCCAGUUGUGGUUGCAAGGCGAUGUUUCUCUGACAUGGAAUUUGCCUCAUGAAGCAAAAAGCAACCGCUGGGUCAGGAAGGCAUCUUCUUAAUCAAUAAGAUGUCUUCUGAGGCAUUUUAAUGUGUGACUUCCCAGACUUUUUCCUGGUCCUCCAAACUUUCCAGGUGAGUUUAUGCGUUAAUAUUUAUCUAUUUAUUUUACCCAUACACCCUGGUACUGAUUGAUCCUUUAUCAUUUUUGUCAUUGUCUUUUCUACUAACCUUAUUUCAAAAACUACAAAUGGCCUGUAAUGUACGUGAGGAGCAUUCAACCACAGUAGGGCAAUUCACUCACACACAAAUCGCCAUCUUUUCAAAUCAUGAGCAGAAUAGAAUUGUUGUAUUUCUUAUAGAUUGGUUGCCUUUGCACCUAAAGAUGUUUCCUGACAAUAGCAUAGUGAUUACUGUCAUUUCUUUCACAAUGCCUCUAUUUCCUAUUCUGUAAAACUAUUUAUGUAUUCAUACUCAUUCCUAACUGAGUUUUCAAUGCCUUGUGGCUGCAGUUUCAUUGCAAAUCUCCUUGAAUGUUGUGAUCUGUUCCUGGAAAUGAGGCAUACUUUUUAAAAAACCUCUCACCUCAAAAUUAAAAAUAUUUAAUUAGCAUUGAAUGAGUUAAAUGUAAAUGAGUCCUGAAAACUAGACUUCACACUUGUUCUGAGUAACAGCUGAAUUCAUACCCACCUUAACUUCAGUAACCUGAAAUGUAAAUGUUACCUCUAUUUUUCCACUUCUAUAAUAAUUUCAUUAAUUGAUAUACUGGCUAACCAACCUCACAUCCAAGUAAUUUUUUGUAUCGUUGCAAAAAGGGCACUACACAUUUCUGCCAAACGUUUUGUUUUCUAUAUUUAAAAUAAUAAAUUGGGUUUCAUUUUGGGGGGGGGGGGAAAGAAAACAUAGUUACAAGCUAGAGUAUCAUGGUUCGGUUUAAACUCAAACGUUUGGUUGCGUCCCCGCAUUUUGAAGGUGCGUAUAUUCAAAAUGUUGUUUUCCACACUGCGAUCAUUCUAGCUUGUUAAUAACAGAGGUGUAAAACAGAUGGAGUCUGUAGACUUGUGGAGUCUACAUGGUUAGUUGCUUUUGUAAAAUAAUGAAAAGCGGAUCAUUUAAAAGUUUUCCUUCCCUCAAAGUUGAAAACGGUUAUAGCACAUGACCAAAUGACACCUUAUAUUUAAGCAGGGAAUUGGCAAAGAGUCAAGCAGGCAAUUGUUGAACAGCAGGGAAUAGGGGAAUUAGGAUCAACCCCCAACUGCUUUCAUCCCUUGUGCCUGCUAUUUAACCACAGUGCAUUUGCUUUCCGUGAUUACUUCCUAAUCUGUCAUUUCUCCAUUUGGAUAUACAGAAACAAAACUUUCAUUGAAAGCUCAUUCCAUUUAAGAUGCAAAGCAGGCAUCAGAAACUACCUAACGUAAGUGGGCUGCACAUCCCUUUAUUACUCACAAUUUCUGUCAGCUUUGUCUAUUUUCUCAAAAUUCCCCUGUGCCCUCUGAGAAGGCCUACUGCCGUUUCUUAAUAAAUAAAUAAAUCUCCUUACUCCCUAAGCCUAAAACAAGGAAUGUGGACCCUCACACUUGUAGGGAGUGUGAAGGCAUGUUAAUUUUUCUGAAAAAUCCAAAAACUUUGGGAAUCAAAUGGAAGGCAUUGGGGGGGGGGCACAUGCGGCCCACAGGCUGCAUUUCUCCAUCCAUUAUAAGGAGCUUAUUAAUCUAAUUGCCGUUCCAAGCACUGUUGAGUAUUUAAAAUACUUACGUAAUGCAUACUAAAGACUUCUAGUUAUGAAUUUCAUUUAAGAGAUUCAUUUGAGGCCUGAUUCUUUGAUGGGAAUGGUUCACCCCUUCAUCAGGCUAGUUGCUGCUAUGAUCCUCCCACCCGCCUACCGAUGGGGUAAAAAAAACCUAUCUUCCUGACACUCAAAGCCCACUCAUAUAGAGUAACCUGUGUCAGUACAGCAGGAGGCUACAAGUGCGUAUGGAGCAGGUACUUCACACUGCCAAAACCCAGUUUUGAAUCCCUUUCUUGUGCGAUCUUCUCACUGCCACACAAGCCCCUUCUGAGGGAAGUUAAGGAUUCCCAUGAACAGCCUUCGGCAGCUGCCACAGACCACCUGCCUCAUAUGCUACUUGCCUUACACACUGGUGAUGGGGCUACUUCUUAUUGUUGCUUUUAGAAUGAGUGGGUGAAUACUGCAGCAUUUCUGUAGUAAAAAGCUGAUGUCAGACACACUAUGUGCACAGCUGACCUUGGCUUUGCUCUUUGGGGGGCUCUACAUACAUAUCCUCUCAACAAUGAAUAAGGCAGCCCCAAAGUAGUUUGGACUCCCUUGGUCUACCAAAGAAAAACAAGACAGCUGUAGUACUUUUCUUACAAUGCUUAUUUGCAGCCUGGCUACAAGCACAGGCCACACUACAAAAACAGGGAGAACAGCUUUGAGUAGUUUGUGUGUUGCCUUUGUUUGAAUGUGGAAGGUCUCCUGUAAAAUUAUCUAUUACUCACUUUGUGCUGUAGCUUAUUAUGCUACCCACUAUGUACUUUACCUUCAGAAAAUGGAUAGAGUCAUUUGUCUGCUUUUUCCUGCUUUACCUAUUUUGUAAUUGUAAAUCUUUAGGAUUGUAAAUUGUGGGAAAGAACAUUAGCUUUGUUUCGCAGCCAUUGGUAGAAUCAAUGGUGGUGAUCCUUGUAAUUGAUACACAUGUACGACACCCAUGUGUCAGCAAUGAUCUUUGUCUGUGCAGCAGAUUUGUGCUAAAGUGCUGUAAAUACAUUCAUGUUUACUGCUU